UAUCAGGCGACAAAGCCAACAAAAACGUACUUCCAGCCGCAAUUAAAAAAUUUGUUUUGUGUGUAAAUCUGUGAAGAAGAAAGUUGUUGGAUUUGGAGCGGCAAUUACGAAACCUGGGUUUCCGCCAGCCCAAGUGAAAAGUUUUGACAAAUAGUAAUCCCCUUGUCCGAAUCCCCUGCCCCUAUUCAUCUCUUAGCCAUAGACAACACAACACCAAAUGGGUCACCUGUCCACAUCGGAGCGCGUGUGCAGCACCACGCCCAUGGCCAGCACAGGUGAGGGCAGCCCGCCGCUGCUGGCGCGCCGUGCUAAGCUGAGCAGCGAGGCGCAGGCGCGACGCAGCGAGGACUCAUCGCCCGAGUCAAUGCCGCGCGGCAAGCAGCAGCAGCAGCAGCCGCAGCAACAACAACAGCAGAAGUCGGUGCCACUGUCAGCAGAGCCGGCGGUCAGGAAUAUUCCAAAGCACCUGAUUGACUAUAUACCCAAGGAUCAAAUCAACAUGGAGGAGUACGUGCGCAAUUUCAAGGGCGACAAUGUCCUGGGCUGGCAGUUCAAUGCGCCGCUCAAAUGGGACAAGGUCAUACAGAUCUCCUUGCUGCAUCUGAUCGCGCUCUUCUGUCUGGUCACCUAUCCGAUACACGAACUGCGUGUUUACACGGUUCUUUGGGCACUAUUCAUGGGCGGCGUGGCUGGCUUUGGCGUGACAGCAGGUGCUCAUCGCUUCUGGACACAUCGCAGCUAUAAGGCGAACACGGUCCUCAGAAGCCUUUUGAUGAUCAGCUACUCAGUAGCUGGUCAGAACACCAUGUACGAUUGGGUGCGAGAUCAUCGAGUGCAUCACAAGUACUCGGAAACGGACGCCGAUCCGCAUAAUGCGAACCGCGGCUUCUUCUUCUCGCACGUUGGCUGGCUGAUGAUGCUGAAGCAUCCGGAAGUGUUGCGUCGCGGCCGUCAGAUCGACAUGAGCGAUAUCGUUUCGGAUCCCGUCAUACAAUUCCAUCAGAAGUACUUCUAUGUGCUGAAGGUGAUGCUCUGCUUCGUGCUGCCGACGCUGGUGCCGGUCUACUGCUGGAACGACACCUGGUACCAUGCCUUCGUGACCCAGUGCCUGUUCCGUUACGUGUUCAGCCUGAACUUCACCUGGUCGGUGAACAGUGCCGCCCAUCUGUGGGGCUCGCGUCCAUAUGACAAGCGCAUCAUGCCGAGCGAGAACAUCUAUGUGUCCAUCAUAUCCAUGGGCGAGGGCUGGCACAACUACCAUCACGUCUUCCCCUGGGACUACAAAGCAGCUGAGCUGGGCAACUACAAGGUCAACUUCACCACCAUGGUGCUGGACACAUUCCACAGACUGGGCUGGGCGUACGACAUGAAGCAGCCGUCCAAGGAGCUGGUGCGUCGCACUCUCGAGAAAUACGGCGAUGGAUCACACGAAUCGCAGCGUGGCAAGGGAGCAGCUCAAUUUGGUGCCUUCCCACCUGGCACCACCCAAAUGGUUGGGCAUAUCCACUACGCCGAGGUGCCGGAUCCCGAGCUGGAGUACGAUGCCGAGUCGAGCAGCACUGAGAGCGCCAAGCUCGACGAGAACGAGAACGAGGGCGAGCGACAGAAGAAGGCGACAAAAAAGUUGGCCGCUUAAGGAUUAGGUAGUAGUUGCAGCUGCUAAGGACAGUUUGUGAAUUGUCAAGGAUUCAGCGGUUUACUUAAGUGUGGGGCUCUUCAACAACAACAAUAAGAAAAACAACAUGAAA